GUUUGUACAAUCUUCUGGAUUUUUUUUUCCCAAGAAGGAGUAAAAGGGAGUGUUGGAAACUAACAAACAGGAUUAAAGCCCUGAGCGCUUAAGGAAAAAAACAGGUUAAGGAACUUAAUCCAGGAUGGAUCUGCAGGAGCCCCAGCAGCUGGGAAUGUUUGCGGAGAGCGAGCUGAUGUCGGUGGGGAUGGACACGUUCAUCCACCGCAUCGACUCCACCGAGGUCAUUUACCAGCCCCGGCGCAAACGGGCCAAGCUCAUCGGCAAGUACCUCAUGGGAGACCUGCUGGGAGAGGGCUCCUACGGCAAAGUCAAGGAGAUGCUGGACUCUGAGACCCUGUGCAGGAGAGCUGUGAAGAUCCUGAAGAAGAAGAAGCUGCGCCGGAUCCCCAACGGGGAGGCYAACGUGAAAAAGGAAAUCCAGCUCCUGCGGCGAUUACGGCACAAAAACGUCAUCCAGCUGGUAGAUGUGCUGUACAACGAGGARAAGCAGAAAAUGUAUAUGGUGAUGGAGUACUGUGUGUGUGGGAUGCAGGAAAUGCUGGACAGUGUCCCAGAAAAGAGGUUUCCAGUGUUUCAGGCUCACGGGUACUUUUGUCAGCUUAUAGAUGGCUUAGAAUACUUGCACAGCCAAGGGAUUGUCCACAAGGAUAUAAAACCGGGGAACCUCCUGCUAACAACCAAUGGGACACUAAAAAUAUCCGAUUUAGGCGUAGCAGAGGCAUUGCAUCCAUUUGCAGAGGACGACACGUGCAGGACGAGCCAAGGGUCGCCAGCAUUCCAGCCCCCAGAAAUUGCCAAUGGCCUUGACACCUUUUCAGGCUUUAAAGUCGACAUCUGGUCCGCKGGGGUGACGCUAUACAACAUCACAACGGGUCUGUACCCUUUUGAAGGGGAUAAUAUCUAUAAAUUAUUUGAAAACAUCGGGAAAGGCGACUACACAAUUCCAGAGGAUUGUGGUCCUCCACUCUCAGACUUAUUGAGAGGGAUGCUUGAAUACGACCCAGCCAAGAGGUUCUCAAUACAGCAGAUAAGGCAGCACAACUGGUUUAGGAAGAAACACGCUCAGGCAGAGGCGCUGGUGCCCAUCCCUCCCAGCCCCGAGACAAAGGACAGGUGGAGGAGCAUGACGGCGGUGCCUUACCUGGAAGAUCUGCAUGGCUACAAUGAGGAAGAGGAYGAUGACUUGUAUGACAUUGAAGAUGAUAUCAUCUACACUCAGGACUUCACAGUACCAGGACAGGUGCCUGAGGAGGAGGCCGGGCAGAACGGGCAGAGCCGCGGCAAGGGGCUGCCCAARGCCGUGUGCAUGAACGGGACGGAGCCGGGGCAGCUGAGCACCAGGGCCAAGGGCGAGCGCCGGGCCAGCGCCUCCUCCAACCCCUCCCGCAAGGCCUGCUCCGCCAGCAGCAAGAUCCGCAAGCUCUCCACCUGCAAGCAGCAGUGAGCUCUGCCCAGCAUCCCCGGGCCCGGGCCAGCCUGCGUCCCCCUUCUCACCCCAGCUCUGCCUCUCUCCUGGGACUGGACUGUGCUUGCAAUCCAAAAGGAAACCAGAGGAAACCAACCAAGGAGCCCCCCUUCCCUCCCCGCGCCCUCCCGCUCCGGCCAGCGCCAGGACACGAAGCUGCAGUGGCCGGACCUCCCCCGCCGGACACCUGGAAGUUGAACUCUGCGGCUGCCAGGACGCUGUCCCCCUCCCCUCCCCCAAUCACUCUUUGCCAAUCAAGACACUGAUUCUGUUUUUAAUUUUGCGAUGGGAAGGGUGGGAUGAGGGGUCGGGGGGGGUGGGACCCUCCCCCUCCCCCCUGCCGGGCCCCCCCCCGGCCGUGUAGAGUCGUGCAAAGCCAUUGCCGUGCACUUUAUGUUUUAGACUACUGUUAUAUAUUAUAUAUUUUCCUCUUUUUUUUUUUUUUUUUUUUUUUUUAUUUUUGCGGUAUAUUUAGAGAUUCCUACACAUCGUGAUGUGUUGAAAUAAACCAGAUGAGGAAAAAAAAAACCAACAAAACAGGUAUUAAGACACAGCAGAACUCUAUUACACCUGCAUGCUGCACGGGGGCUCGGAGGGGCUCGGAAGGGAACAGGGCCCAGGAAGGGCUCAGAGCUUGGGAGGAAUCUGGGCUCAGAAGGGAUCGGGGUGCUGGCAGCCACUUGGCUUUUUUC